AUGGUGCUGGACGCCUCGUGGAACGAAACAACACUACAAAACGGACAUAAGGUAACUCCUCAAGCUCGGAAAAACUGCAGCCGAAAAAUUUCUAGGGUGUAACCUUAGUGCAUGUUGCCGCUAUCUCAAUGGGUGCUGUUAAUUGCACACUGAACGGUCUGAUUUGGAUCGCAUUUCGAAGGUCCCCGCAACUUCUCACCAAACAUCAUUUGCAUUUGUUUUAUAUUUUUGCGAUCACGAAUUUUUUAACGGGUAGGUGAAAGGCGGGUGCGGGACUACCCGAUAAAUCUUCCCGCGUAUUCUGAGACAACAAAGUACUGUGUUCAGAACAGAAAAAUUGAAAUUCAGAGCCAUUGAAUAUCUCUAACUUUAUACUGUGGCUUCAAAAGUUUUAGAGAUCCACACUGGCAAGGAUCCGAGCCUUUUUAUACGAAGUAGCCGCACCUAGAAAGUUCAAUUGUCAAGUAUCAGCUCCCGAAGAACCUAAUUGUCCCAUCAUAAUUUCCUUCUUAUCGUGCUGCUCUUCCGGCUACAGUAGUUUGUAGUUUCAAGUUUUUUUUCCUUGUCUAGCCAUUUUUUCCGAAAAGUACAAAAUCACUCCGAUUUCCAUUUUCACAAGAAAAGAGGAAAUUAAUUUUUAACAGAGUAAUUACUUUGGCACUGUUUUUCAUAGGAUUAAUUACAAAAAAAUUAAUUUCCGGUUUUCCAGAGCAGAGAGCACGGAACUUUGAAUUACAGUACUGUACUUUGUAGGCAAAAAAUUUUUCUUGUUUUUUGGCGCUAAAGUUUGAAGAGUACUGUAGUCUAGUUCUCGUCAUUCUUUGUUUUCCAUUUUUCAGUACAAAUUUAUGCCCAGGGAUUUCGAAUGUUCUCAAAUAUAGAAUUUUAUUGAAAAUACACCCACAGUAUGUAGUUUAAUAUCAGAAAUCAGUAGCACAACAAAAUGAAAAACAUUUCAAAAUCUUGAGACUUCCUGUUUUGAAAUGCUCAAAGAUUAGUCAGAAAAACUUCAUCAUCGCAAAAAAUAUGACAAAGCUUGAUCUUCAGCCUAAUCCUCCUACUAGAAAAUAAAAAAAUCCUCUCUGUUUUUACAGGUUUCUUCACAAUUCCGACUUAUGUCAACUUGUUUUGGCACAAUAAUUUGGAAUGUCCCAGAUGGACCAUUUUGAUUGGAGCUAGUGAGUUUUUUUUUAGUGAGAAACUCAUCUUUUCUCAAAUCUCAAAACCGUUUCUAAAUUUCAGGUUUCGAAAUUGCCCUUGACAAAAUCCGACAUUUGAUAACUCUUUCCAUCGCCGGCGAGCGAAUUUAUGCUCUCUUUCGACCUGGCGACUAUUUUUUCUUGGAUCAUCGAAUUUUCGCCUACAAAGUUUGCCUGAUUUCGAUUGUUUGGGGUGUUUUUGAUGCUAUUUUCUUGAUUUUUGAAGAUAAUCUGUUUGUGGUGAGUUAGGGGAAGUAAAAAAUUCACACUGAAAACUGAUGUUCCUGGAAUUUGAGGGCGAGUUAAAGGAAAAUCUAAAGUAUUUUGCAUAAAAAUUAGAAGUUAAAGUAUGUUGUUGAUUUGGAUUACUACAUAGGAUUAGGAGGAUUAUAUGAUUUCGAAUUACACACGUACUUUUUUUGGGAGACGUCAGGAGGAUUUUUCCCAAAAAAAGAAGACAAAGAGAAUAAAUAUUAAAUUUUGAUCCUUAGGAUAGUUUCAGAAGUUUUUGGAUUGAAUAUCUGAACCCCAUUUUUUUCUGAAACUUCCAAUCUGAAAUGCAGAAAUUCACAUCAAUUAUCAAAAUUUCCAGAUUUUUUUACUCCUUCACUACGUGCAAAUUCUAAAUUCCAAAAAAUUUUGAACUUUUUGAUUGUUCUCAUAAUUUUCAGAAAAUCCCAUUUCCCUCCUGAAAAUUAGCAACUUUUUGAGUGUGAACAGCUGAAAUUGUGUUUGUUUACUCCAGUUUUUUUCUGAAAAAUUUUGAGUUAUUGCGAGUACGAAUUUUGUGAGUCAUGGGAACAUUUUGGAGUGAAAAUUUGGCUUCGAAAAAUCUUCUGUUUUUUUUUGGAAAAAUAUGGAAUUUGCAAAAUAUUGUUCUGCGUCAUAGACACCUACAUAACUAUAAUGGAUUUGAGAAAAGUAAAAAACAAUGCAUUAAAUUUUGAAUUUAAGUAGAUAUAAAACAUUUCAAAAAACAAUUCCGAAAUGAAAAUUGUUCUAAAAAAAUCAUUUUUUGUCGUAGCUGAUGUUAUCGAGAAAUCCUAAUUAAUUCAUCAAAAAUCAAAUUGGUUUUUUAAAAACUAUAUUGAAAUUGGAUUUGAGGGGAUUUUUGAAACGAUUUUUGAUUCCCAAAAAACCUGGGAAAUUUUCCAAUAAUUUUGAAAAUAAAGUUUUCAUACUGAUUUCAGUAUUCCUAAAAAUCGCAUUUUCCAGGUCCGAAUGCACUGUGUCACAACAGCCGCUUCUGCCAAAUACUUCCAUUUCUAUUUUUUAAUCUCCACAAUAAUUUUUGGAAUAAUACUUUCAAUCGCCUAUUUCUUCUUCAUUUGCAAGUUGUUUGUAAUUCGCGGAACUCGAAUAAUCAACACAAAAUCUCGGUGCCGCGAUAAUUUCCACCAAGUCAAUUCGCUAACUGUUAUGGUUAUUCUAAUGGUUGUAUUGUUCAAUGUUUUGCCAAGUAUGCUCUAUUUAUAUGAUAUGAUUAUUCAACAAGUUCAUUUUAUGCAAUGGGGACCGAUUAUUACAAUUGGAUAUCAUUGUUAUGGAUGUGCAAGCUUCUUUUUUUAUAAUUGUCGACAUCAUGAAAUUAGAAAUGCUUUGAAGUGAGUUUAAGAGUCUAAAAUCAGAAAAACAAUUACGUUUCAAAAUUUUAAAAACGUUGGAUUUUUAUUGACAAAGCGUUCUCGUCUUGAAUAGUUUUUGACGAACGAAAUUUUUAAGCUGGAAGUUAGAAAAAAUUUUGAAAAAUUGAUAUUAUUUUAUGAGUCAGAGAAAUCGCGGAAAUCAAAUUUAGAUUAUUCUAGAUUUUUAGACGAAAAAAGUGUUGUGAACAUUUUUUUGAGGAAGCAAUUUUUAUGAUUUAUGAGUCAAAAAAAUCCAAAUCAGAUUAUCCUGGAUGUUUUAGUCAAAAAAUAUUAUACAAAAAAUCAGACAUAACUUAGAAAAUCCAGUAGCCUAAUCCAGUUUUUUCUAACAAAAUCUGUUGAAGAUACUCUAAUUGUAAGCCCAAAAAAUGUCAUUUUGAAAUAGACAUUGUUUGAACAUUGUUACAAGAAUAUUGUUUGUGCUGAUGUUGUUUUUCAAUUAACAAUUCUGAAUUUUUCCAGCAAAAUCCGAUUGAUUCGCCGAUUCCUAAAUUGCGAUAAAUCGCCAACAACUUCAAAAUGUGAUGUUAGCGGGCAGUACAGUAAUAUAAAACCGGCAAAAAACAAUACACCAGCAAUUGUGAGUUGUUUCUCUUGAAAAAAUUUGAACGUUUUUGCUCACCAUACACAUAAGUAUUUUCAGCCUCUCCACUCUCUCUGGUAAUUUUUAGCUCAUUUUUCUAGUAAUUCUGUGUAGCAUGAUGCAUUUUUCCUAACUUUGGGGUGUCAGAAUUUUUUGAGAGAGUGCAAAGCUUCAUUUUUCAGAAAUCUGAACGAUUAGCAAAUUAUUUUUAAAAAAAUGUUUUUAAUAAAUAGAAAGUACAGAAAUAUUAGUGCACUUCUCUCGGACUAUUUUUCCUCGGGUUGUCCGGGAGAAGUACACCGCGGAGAGAUUAAUGGAUUCGCAUUGUUUUUUGUUUUGGAUUGAGAUUAGAAAUAUGGAAAUUUUGGGUUGGGAGGGGGGGGGGCGUGCAAAGCCACGUGUAUUUUUCAAUAAAAUUUCAAAUUCUGCGAAAAUCCCAAGAAAAAAUCUCCAUUUCAAAAUAUUCGAAAUCUCUCGGGAAAAAUCCCGCAAGUGCCGGCAAGAAUUGAAGUCGAGCCGCAAUGGCUGCGGGUGAAGUCGCCGUUGUUGCGGGGGAAAGACAAGGGGAAUGUGAGAGAACGCAGACGCUUGCUACUUUUUGUCUGUCUGUCUGUGCUCUCUCACACUUCCCUUGUCUUUCCCCCGCAACAACGGCGACUUCACCCGCAGCCAUUGCGGCUCGACUUCAAUUCUUGCCGGCACUUGCGGGAUUUUUCCCGAGCUGUAUAGUUCUCUCGGACAAAAAUUUUCUGACACCCCUUAUUUUUCACUUCUACAAUCUUCAACAUUUCUUUCAAUUCUCAAAAAACCCUACGAUUUUUUCAGAUAACCACUUCUCGAAUCACCAAUGCUGAAAGUGACAAUGAAGUUUUUCUAUAA